AUGAGGAGCAACGGUAAAGUUUAUUCGGCGGAGCAGCCAUUCCAACAAGCUCGAGCUUGCGUGCGUGCAGUACAGGCUGCCUUCGCGCAGGCGGGGUGCUCGCUGUUUCAUGCGCUGAGCCUCCAGAGGCCCACACUGAUGUGGAUCUUGUAUGCCAUUGAUGUUAAACCACCCACUGGCUUUGCGGCGCGCGCUGUAUACAGGAGCAUCUGGAAUUUGAUUGACCAGAAGCUGUCCAUGCGCAUGGCCCCUCCUCUCCUCUCCCCCACUCGCCUUGCUCCAACAGACCUUUGCUGCCCGGUGGUGCCAUUUGAAAGCCACCACGCGGGCAGCAGGCGGGGCUCCUGCGUCCUCUUCGUUCCGUACCGCGUGCCCUCUCCCGCUCCUCCACCCCGCUGA